CCAAGCCCAGCGCGCCCCAAACCCCCCAAAACGGCGCCGCCCGGCUGGUUUUGGGCUGUCAGCAGCUGUCCGGCGCUGGGCAUGGAGCGUGUGCGGGGAGCUGGGGCCGUGCUGGCGGUGCUGGUGGUGCUGGGAGCCCCCCCGGCUGCGGGCGAGGAGCUGUCGGGGGUGUUCCAGUGGAUGGGAAAACAGGAGUGUCAUUUCAUCAAUGGCACCGAACAGGUGAGGUUCCUGGAGAGGCACUUCUACAACCGGGAGCAGCUCCUGCACUUCGACAGCGAUGUGGGGGUCUAUGUGGGGGACACCCCAUUUGGGGAGAUCCAGGCCAGAGACUACAACAGCCACCAGAUGCCACCGGACACCGUCCGCAGCAAGAUCCUGGUGGGGGUCGGGGGCUUCGUCUUGGGCUUGGUCUUCCUGGUGCUGGGGCUCGGCUUCUACCUGCGGGAGAAGAGCUCCUGA